AUGAUUUGCAUCCGUAAGCACGCUCUCAUCGAUUAACAUUAUGUAUUAUUUAUUGAGAAUGACAGAAUAUGCAUAGGAAAGGUACUUGUUAAAAUUUAGACUAGAAUUAAAUAAAUCCUAAGUAUGUUUUGCCCAUAAAUUUGUAGUCCAAACUUGAAUGGAGUUUUGAUAAAGAACUAUGCCAAUUUAAUGGGUUUAUAAUUGAAUGGGAGAAUAAGAAAAAGCAAUUUCAUAUGUCAGACGGUAAUUGCAAAAAGCUGAAAUCUCAAAUUGAUGGAAAAAUACUAUAUAAUGAAAUAAAUUCACAAUAUUUUCCUGUUUAAAUAGUAGGAGAAGGGACUUUUGGCAAAGUAAGUGUUUAAAUUAAAAUAUUUUAGGUUAUUAAAGUGGUUAGCCUAUUAGAUGAGAAGGAGUAUGCAUGCAAAGUAAUGAAAUUAGAUAAAAAGUUUUCGAAAAACGUAAUUUAAAAAUAUAAAAAUAGGAUAUUAUUUAUGAGUUGAUGACAAUGCAAUCAUUGAACCAUGAGAAUAUAAUCAAAAUUAAGGAAGUGUAUUGUUCGAACUCUCAUUUCUUUAUCAUAAUGGAUUAUUGCAGAGGAGGAACCCUCAGAGAAUAUUUAGCCUAUAGAACAUUGAAUCAGGAUUAAAUAGUGAUGAUAAUGAAGGUAAUUUGAAACAACAAUACAUUUCUAGUAAAUUUUAAAUGCAGUCAUCUACAUGAAUUCCAAAGGAUACAUUCACAGAGACAUAAAGCCAGAAAAUAUUUUAUUAAGAGAACAAAGUGAUCUAUCAAAUGUACUAGUUUGUGAUUUUGGAUUUGCUGCAAAAGUCGAAGAUAUUUUAACCAAACAUCCCAAUUGUGGGACUCCUGGCUAUAUGGCUCCAGAAGUCAUCAAAUAUGAUUAGACAAAUCCUUAUAAUGAAUAAUGCGAUGUCUUCAGUUGUGGAUCUCUGUUGUAUUCAAUGUAAAUGAAGUUGUUUAUAUUUUAGAUUGACUGGAUAUAAUCUUGAAAUGCAAAGUGAAGAAAGCGAAAUCUACAAUAUAGAGGCUUAGGUGUAUGAGGAGAAACAAUUCACUUCGUACAAUAAUUAAUUCAAGAACAUUCUAAUUAAAAUGCUAGAUCCUAGUCCUCAUUUAAGGAUUACAGCAAAGGAUGCUCAAAAAUACUUUGACAAUUUUGAUUCAUUCGUUCUAGAAGAACUGAACUCACUUGAUGUUAUUCAAGCAGUGAAACACAUUUGUAUCUAAAAGCGUGAGUUCCACUCAUUUUGA